AUGAGCAAAGGGAAGGAAAUAGACAUCCUCAUAAGUAACGUUGAGAUUGGCCCCGUCCUGUCUCAGUGCGCGGAAUCCAAGGUGUAUGAGUGUAACUUUUAUGGCUACCGCGCUGUCUGCAAGCACCGUUUUCCUAAAGUGUACCGCCAUCCCACGUUGGAUCAACGGCUUCGGGAGCAGCGGACGGUGCGGGAGAGCCGAGCACUUGUGCGGUGCCGCAAAAACGGGGUUGUUGCUCCAACAGUCUUUGCGGUCGAUCGUGAACGCUGCACCAUUGUGAUGGAGCGCAUCGAUGGCCUCACGAUACGCGAGGUCUUCAAUCAGGAGCAGGAAAAGACUGCACAUGGGAAGUCGGUGAAUUUUGGUUUAGCCUCACGCCUGUUAAGGGGCAUGGGAGAGGUGGUUGGUCUCCUGCAUAACACCGACAUUGUUCACGGAGACCUAACAACGUCCAAUUUUAUGUGUCGAAGACAGUUCUUGGAAGAGCAACAGCUCACCGUGGAGGAAUUGGCGGCAAGAGGCCCUGAUCGUGACGGCAUCGUUGUUAUAGAUUUUGGGUUGGUGAUGGACAAGAACAAUGCGGAGGAGCGUGCGGUGGACCUGUACGUGCUCGAGCGUGCGGUGAUGUCAUCCCACCCAUUUUUGGAACACGCAUCGACGGCACUGGUUCUGGAGGGCUACCGUCGCACCGUGGACGCGCAUAAAGGCGCCGCGACCAUGGCACGCCUGGAGGCAGUGCGGGCUCGCGGCCGCAAACGGAGUAUGGUUGGCUAA